AUGGGGAACGUAUCGCCCACACCCCACCAACUCCUGGUAGAAGCCGUGAUCUUUUGGAGUAUUGGGGUGGUACUCUACAUUGGCCGAAUAGCCUCCCGGUUAAUGUCAAAUAUAUCAAUCCAGGGGAUAUCAUGGGACGAUUAUGUGAUGACGGCAACAUUUUUAAUGUAUACAUCCUUGUUGAUCUUGAUUCAAAUCUCUGCAAGAUACGCGACAAACCUGAUGGAGCCGAGCGACUACGAUGAGGUACUCUCUGACCCCCAACAAGUUCACGACCGUAUCCUCGGGAGCAAAAUUGUUAUUGCGCUGGAACAAUGUAUGCUCUUUGUAACCUGGGGGGUAAAAGUCUGCCUGUUGAUACUCUACUGGAGAAUCACCAAGAACUUGCCCUCCAACCUAUAUGUCAAGAUUCUCGCCGUUUAUGUGGCACUUGGUUUUGUCGUGAUUAUGGUGACCUACUACGCCGUGUACUGCCGACCCUUCUCACAAUAUUGGGCCUUACCAGUUACGAAUUUGCAAUGUGCCACGUACCAACACUAUUCAAUCACACAGGCAGUUUUCAAUAUUUCAUCAGACGCCUUUGUGUUUGCCAUUCCGAUACCGCUUAUCGUCAAGGCGAGGCUUCCACUACGCCGGAAGAUGCUGCUACUCUGCGUGAUGAGCCUGGGUCUGUUCACGAUAAUUGCCGCCAUCCUGAAUAAAUAUUUUAACUUUGCCUCCCCCUUUACCACCGUGUACCAGAUUUGGUAUAUACGUGAGGCUAGCACCGCUAUCUUUGUCGCCAAUAUGAUGUGCUGGUGGCCGCUCCUUCGGAAGCUGUUCGGUGUUAGAGCCUUCCAGUACCACAGCACCCCUGGACGGCCAUCCCGGAGCACCGGUAACAAAGAAAUCAAUCCCUACUCGAAGGCCGCUAGCUCGCAGUCCCGCGCAUCCUUCUCGUUAACACGCCCUUUUCAUCUCUCUCGACCCAGUUUCCGCAGCUCAGCAAAAGGUACUAUGCUCACUGGACACUGCAAUGCAGGACACUCUAGUCAAGAUGCGAUAAAUCUGCCUACGGGUGGAAUCAUGGAAGAUCCGGAUCGCGUGGAUAAUAUUCCGCUCCAAGUUUGGGGCAAGGGUAACGAACGAGGAACCGAUGUUGAAAACAUCACGACCCAGCAAUCCAUCGCAAAGUUUGAACAACAGGAUCAUGGGGCAGGAGUUCCUCUUGAUGAUCGGAUUUACUGUACUCAGGAGUUUGACAUCCGCUCUGACACCAGGAGCGGACACUCGCCUUCAUGA